AUGGCCAUCAUGCUAGGCCUCGUCCUGGGUCUGCUCAUUGCGAGUGGCCCGGUGUACGCAGGGUCGCUGAAGGACAUCGAGCAUGUGGUGAUUUUCAUGCAGGAAAACAGAUCCUGGAACAGUUAUUUUGGAACCAUGGCCGGGGUCAGAGGAUUCAACGAUCCCAACGUCCAGGUCAAUCCUGAUGGAUUGCCCGUGUGGUACCAACAAGUUGAUCCAGACAUGUCCAACAAGACCAAGACCCUCUUGCCGUGGUAUCUGGGAUAUCUGGGCGGUGACUGGCCCGAAGCCAUCCAGUGCAUGGUGGCCGGAGACAACGGCUAUCAAGACAACCAUGCCGCAUUGAACUCGGGCCUGAACAACCACUGGGCCAGGAACAACACCCCGUGGAGCUGGGGUUACCUCAAGCGAAGCGAUAUCCCCGUCCAAUUCGCUAUUGCUGAAGGCUGGACGAGUGGCGACAUGUAUCAGGAGGGCCAAGUCACGGCCACCAACCCGAAUCGUGUCACCUUGGUCAGUGGCUCUAUCAAUGCUCCUGGCAGUCCUCAGAGCCCCGACCAAGGAGGUGUCUAUAUCGACAACAAUGAGACUCCAGGCUGUGAGAAGCCUAAUGUGUCCUGCUACCCGCUCAAGUGGAAGACCAUCUAUGAAUUCUACGAAGAGGCUGGGGUCUCGUGGCAGGUCUACCAGGACACAGACAACUUCGACGAUAACCCUCUCGCUUGGUUCGAGCAGUUCCAGAACGCGCCCAAGGGCUCUGCCCUGGCUCAAAAGGGCAUGUCGUACGUCGGUCUCGACACUUUCUAUGACGCUGCUGCUAAGGGGGAUCUCCCUCAGAUCAGCUUCAUUGUCGGGCCCAUGGAGCUGUCUGAGCAUCCUCCGUACAUGCCCAAGGACGGCGCUUGGCUGCAGCAGCAGGUUGUCAACGCGGUGGUCAACAGCCCGAAAUACAACUCGACCGUGCUGAUGAUCAGCUACGAUGAAACUGGUGGUUUUGGUGAUCACGUCCCCCCGUUCCACUCCCCUCCAGGCACGCCCGGCGAAUGGAUUGAAGAUCCUCUGGGCUACUUUGGAGACGUCUUUGUCGGGCCAGGUUUCCGAGUGCCGUUCUACAUCAUCUCCCCGUGGACCCGCGGCAACCGGGUGUUCACCGAGAGAGCGGACCACAACUCCCAGAUCCUCUUCCUUGAGGAAUGGCUGACGGCCAAGGGAUACCAGAACGUCAAGACGGAUCAGAUGGUGGCUUGGCGCCGCGAGCACAUGUCCAACCUGGUCAACGCGUUUGAUUUCGACCACCCCGACUACAGCAUUCCGUCGAUCCCCAAGGCGCCUGAGCCUCACGUGAAUUCCAACGGCGGCUGGGACGGAACGGCCCUCUGCGAGGCGCAGCACCCCAACACGCGGCCUCCCGUGCCAUAUGGAGAGCAGAACAUCACGACUGCGUUGGACUUUGAGGAGGGUUUCAAGGAGGUUGUCGGGUAUCUGACCGAAGGGCGCUAUCUCGUCUUCGAGAAGGACGGAGUCGCACUGACGAACCCAUCCGCGAACGCCAAUGGAACGGGACAGGUGACCGUCAGCCGCGCGACCAAGGACCACCGCAGCAAGAACCAGCGCUGGGUGAUCCACUACACGCGGGGCGAGGAGAGCGGCAUCUUCAAGGUGUCGAGUGCCCUGGACGGGCGAUACAUCGGCGCGGAGGGCCGCCUGCUGCCGUCAAGUCAGCAGGCUCAGGCCGCUGACGUGCGGAUCUCGUUCCUGGGGAAUGGCAACGGGUACACUGUGCAGUAUGCCGAUACCAAUUCGUCUGUCGUCGACGUUGGCAACGAGGGCGUUGUCACCAACGAUGCACGAAACAAACCGACGGGCUUCAAGAUCUGGAGUGUUUCGUACCACGACUAG